CUCGGACUCCAGAGACAUGGAUUUGAUUCCUGGUGCUGUCACAGACUUGGGGUCUGACCUUGGGCAAGUCACUUCCCAUCUCUGCCUCAGUUUCAGAGUACUGUCAGGGUACAUCCUUUAAUGUUUCUGAAGCUUGUAACUACUCUGAUGGGCUCCUCAGAGCCAGAGAGAGCUGACAGUUCUGGAGAGUUGCUGUCUUUUGGAUUCUCAUAAGUUGGAAUAAAAAAACUCAGGAGUCCUGUCUCCUCCUCCCCCCACCCCUGCUCCCAGAGCUGGGAAUAAAACCCAGGAGACCUGAUUCUCUGGCCUCCUCCCAACCCAUUAGAUUCCACUGUAUUCCCAAACCUGGAAAAAGAACCCAGGAAGCCUGACUCCCAGCCCCCUUUAGACCACUCUCAGCUCCCAAAGCUGGGACUAGAACCCAGGAGUCCUGACCCUGUUAUUCUAACCACUGGUCCCCAGUCCCCUCCCAAAGCCAGGAGUAGAAUCCAGGAGUCUUGAUUCUUGGUGUUAAAUGUAUUUUAUCUGUACAUUUCCCACCCCUCAUGUGUCUGAGAAAGUUGGGCCAUGGAGGGUGUGGGUCAAUGGAAAGAAACCUCCCUGGUUUUUCAGUGUCCUGGUGUGUGGCUGCAACCUGGAUUUAUGGCUUUCUUGGGGGCUGAAAGUGUGGGUGAAUUCUGGUCAGUGAGGGAGUGUGAGUCUGAUCGUAUGUCUCCACACUGUUAGCCUGUGGGACUCAUUGCCACAAGGUCUCAUUGAAACCAAGUUAGAGGGAUUAAUACCAGAACUGGAUGUUGAUCUGAAUAACGAGAACAUCCAGAGCAAGGAUUAAAAUGUCACCUAGGCUUUGGGAAAGAGCAGAAACCCUCAUACUUCAGGGCAAGAGCUCACUCCUGACUAAUUGGGGUCAGGAGGAACUUGCCCUUGUGAUCCACUUAUGUCAUUCCCAAAGGGCUCCUUCACCUGCCUUUCAAGCAGCUGGGCCAGGCUGCUCUGGGAGCUAGGAUACCAGGCUAAAUGGGCCCCCUGGCAUGGUGGUACUUAGGUUCCUCUUCUGGAGGGGAUGUGGUCUCCUUGCCCUGAUGGCUGGAGCAGGAGAUCCAGGAGUUCCCUUCCCUGCUCACCACUGCAAAGCACUUUGCAAGCAGCAAGGAAACAAAGCACACAGCUGCCAACUCGGGUGGGAACAACUGGGGCACAAGAACUCCCUCCCAGUGCCCCGAGGGGAGAGCUGGGAAUAGAACCCAGGCGUCCUGGCUCACAGCUGCCCUGUUCUAAGCCGCUAGACCCUUCCCAGAGCCAGGGAUAAAACCCAGGUGUCCCGAGCGCGCGCCCGCCCCCCCUUCUAACGGACCAUCCAGCAGCAUUCCCCGCCCCGGGCCCUGCACAGCUGGGAUUGGAUGGUGCCUGGCCAAUGGGGGGUACAGAUGAGUUCCCAGAGGGCACAUGCCCUGGGAUGUGCUCACUGGGUGAGCUGGCGCAGCGGGAGCGCCAGGGCCGCCUGCACCGGCUGGAGCUGCGGGAGGGGACGCGGCAGGGUGACCCUGCCCGCGUGGUGAAGGAGUAUUCCCGUCCAGCUGCUGGCAAGGAGCUGCCCCAGCCCCAGGAGCUGCGCCCUGCCCCAGUGCUGCUGGCCACUGUGCGCUACCUGCUGGGCCAGGUGGCGCCACAAGCUGACCUGCCCUCAGCUGAGGUCCAUGCUUUCAUCUCCGACCGGUUGCGUGCUGUGCACCAGGAUGCCACGCUGCAGCGGCUGCAAGGGGCUCCAUGCGUGGCCCUGCUGGAGCGAUCACUGGGCUACCUGCUCCAUGCCGGCUACCAGCUGUGCCAGGAACCUCCUGCCCGCUUCGACCCCCACCUCCAUCGCACCCAGCUCCAGGAGUGCUUCAGCUGGCUGCGGCGCUGCUACCGGGACAGCUGUCAUCACAGGGAGCCAGCCUUCCAGGCCCUUUUCCUCCUCUACAACCUGGGCUUCCCGGAAGCCCUGCGCCAGGUCCUGCAGCUCCCAGACCCUGUCCGGGCCUCCCCUGAACUCCGCACGGCGCUAGCUGUCAACUGGGCUUACCUGGAGCGCAACUGGGCACGGUUUUUCCGCCUGGUGCAGGCCCUGCCCUACCUGCCGAUUUGUGCCCUCCAUCGGCACCUGGGCCCCGCUCGGCGCCUGGCACUGCUCACCUUUAGCCACGGCUUCAGUGCCAGGAACUGUCGCUGCCCUCUGACCUGGCUUGCCCAGCUGCUGGCAGUGGACAGCCCUGAGGAGAUGGCAGAGCUGUGCCGCCAUCAUGGGCUCACGGUGCUGGAUGGAGCCGUGGUCUUCCAGAGAGCAGCUUUCCGGGACCCAGGCAUUCUGGUCCAUGGCCCCUCGCAGCUACUAGUGGACAGUAAACGAGGGGCGGCCCCCCUGCUGGAGGUCAUUGAAGAUGCCUGUAGCUAAUGGUCUGGAGAGACUUGGGGGGUGAGGAUGGGAGCCAGGACUCCUGAGUUCCCGUCCCUGCCUCUGGGAGAGGAGUGAGGUCUAGUUGGCUGGACUGGGAGUCAGGAUUUAUGAGUUUUAUUGCUGGCUCUGGGAAGGGCUCCUGGUUCUCCUCCUUGCAAUGAAAGAGGAAUCAGAUUUAGAGUAAGAGACUGGGAGCCAGGACUGCUGGGUUCUCUUAGUGGCUCGGUCACUGAUUCUCUGUGUGUCACCUCUGCCAAGCCACUCCCUUUGCCUCAUUUUCACCGUGCAUAAAAGGGGGCUAAAGGAAGUAACUUACUUGUGCCUAGUGCAACUGGAUGGUUCUGGGCGAUCUUUGUGUGUUGAUGGGCUCGGCUUCCUGCAUUUGACCCCUUGUGCUGGAUAAUUUGCCUCCCCCCACACACCCCCGCCCUGUGGGUUUGCGAUUCAGGAAGCUGGCUAAGAUCUUGGAGUUUGUGGGAGUCUGAGCUUUGGUGUGAUGGUUUGGGGUCCCCGAUCCACAUGGUGGGGAGCUGUAUGGAAUGGCAGCCAGUGUCCCCUGCCCCAGGUGGGAGGUAGGGGGAGAUGUAGGACACAGCCCAAAGCGCCACUGGAAUUUUGGGGUGUCUGGAGGUAGCAGAAGUCAGUUUUACAAUAAAUGUUGACUUUUAA